CGUAUAAAUAUUGCUUUGUUUUCAAAAUUUGUUGUAGUUUCCAUCAACAGCUCUUCAAUAGUUUCAAAAGUUUUAUGUAAGAUACCAAAUUAUCGGGAACAAAAUGAGUGCAGAGGAAGUGGAAUAUCAGCUGCAGCAUUUCAGUUUUUGCGCCGAAGAUAUGAUUGUUGAAAAUCGAGAAAUGGUCAAACAUCUCAUUCAGCUUUCCCUGCUGGAAUUUACCGACGAGUACGUAAAGUGCCACAAAAUCGCGGACGAACCGGCGAUGGCGCUGCGGGCUCAGUGCUACGUAACGGCCAACACAAUGUUCUCCGAGUGCACGGCAAAGCUGGACCAGUUGGACAAACUGUUCCGCACGACGCUGCACAUUCCGGCCAACGUGCUGCUACCGUCCGAUUUGCUGCACAAGAAAAAGUACACCGCCGAACAGGUGACGGCCCUCGAGGACAAAGUGGCCGAGUUGGACAAGCAGUUUCGCCGGGAUGGAAUCUUUCUGGCGAUGCUGCAGGACGAAAUCGAGGUGCACGACCGGCUGGCGGAUUGCAUUGGCAGCGAGCUAAAACUGAUGGAGUUGGCCGAACAAUACCGGCGGGAAGAUAUUGUUCCGGAAGAGGACGUUGCGCUGGUUGACGACCUGGCGGAGGUGAUGCAGGAUGUGCUGCGGUCGUAGGGCCACUUUUUAGAAUAUGUUUUGUGGAUCAAAAAUGGAAUUCAACUUACUGUCUUAUUAUUAACUGUCUUUUAUGAAUAAAUUUACUUUUUUUAAAAGCA